AAUAGUUUUUCCUUUGGCAUUUUUUGAUGUCAUGAUUCCUUUGCCGAUACACUUGGCCAGAGAGGCAAAACUUGGUGGACCAGUUCAAUAUUGGGAUAUGUACUCUAUUGAGAGGUAUUCGCGAACACUUAAAUCAUAUAUUCGCAAUCCUGGUCUUCCAGAAGGUGCAAUUGCUGAAGGUCAUGACGCAAAUGAAGGCAUUACAUUUUUCUCACACUAUUUUAAGAGUAUCUCAACUAAGUUUAAUAAACCAGCAAGAAAUGAUGAUGGAUUUGAAUCAAACGGUGAGAUGUCUAUCUUUAAAAAAAGUGGGCAAACAAAGGGGUCUUCUAAUGGAAAGAAACUACCCCAUGAUGAAUUCAACCAAGCAGUUUUGUAUAUUCGAAACAAAGGGGUCUUUUGA